CUCCGCCAUCGCCGCCUCAGCCGCCGCCACAGCCCGCAGCGCCGAGCGCCCGUGAGCCGCCGCAGCCGCCCGCCGCCACGCAGUCUCGCCGCCGCAGCCGCCGCGUCCCGGCGCGCCCAGUCGCACGUGGCGGACCCGCCCCCUGGGCCGGCCUCGUCCUGGGCUCGGCGGACCCCGGGUGUCCGGUCCUCGGUCCCGGUCCCAGGCCCGCGAUGAGUUUCCUGAGCCGGCAGCAGCCGCCACCGUCCCGUCGCGCCUCGGCCGCCUGCAGCUUGCGGCAGAAGCUCAUCUUCUCGCCGUGCAGCGACUGUGAGGAGGAGGAGGAGGAAGAAGAGGAGGAAGAGGGCAGCGGCCACAGCACCGGAGAGGACUCGGCUUUUCAGGAGCCCGACUCGCCUCUGCCUCCCGCCCGCAGCCCCGCCGAGCCGGGUCCCGAGCACCGCCGCUCGCCCGGCCCGACCCCCGGCAGUCCCGGGGAGGAACUGGAGGAGGACAUGUUGCUGCCCGGCGCCUGCCCGAGCGCCGACGGGGCGGCCGGCGGUGCCGAAGGCGACUCCUGGGAGGAGGAAGGCUUCGGCUCCUCGUCUCCCGUGAAAUCGCCCGCGGCCGCCUACUUCCUGGGCAGCUCCUUCUCUCCGGUGGGCGGCUGCGGCGGCGGCGGGGGUCCGGGGGACGCGUCCCCGCGGGGCUGCAGGGCGCGCACGGCCAGCGUGGGGCCCUGCUCGCCGCUCCCGGAGCACCCCGGCACGCCGCCCCACAAGACCUUCCGUAAGCUGCGGCUCUUCGACACGCCGCACACGCCCAAGAGUUUGCUCUCCAAAGCACGGGGCAUCGAUUCCAGCUCUGUUAAACUCCGGGGUGGUUCUCUGUUCAUGGAUACUGAAAAAUCCGGAAAAAGGGAAUUUGACACACGACAGACUCCCCAAGUGAAUAUUAACCCUUUUACUCCGGAUUCUUUAUUACUGCAUUCCUCAGGACAGUGUCGGCGAAGAAAGAGAGUGUAUUGGAAUGAUUCCUGUGGUGAAGACAUGGAAGCCAGUGAUUGUGAGUUUGAAGAUGAAACAAGACCUGCCAAAAGGAUUACAAUUACUGAAAGCAACAUGAAGUCACGAUAUACAACAGAAUUUCAUGAGCUGGAAAAAAUUGGCUCUGGAGAAUUUGGCUCUGUGUUCAAGUGUGUGAAGCGGCUGGAUGGUUGCAUUUAUGCCAUUAAGCGGUCCAAAAAGCCAUUGGCUGGAUCUGUCGAUGAGCAGAAUGCUUUGAGAGAAGUAUAUGCUCAUGCAGUGCUUGGGCAGCACUCCCACGUGGUUCGGUAUUUCUCUGCCUGGGCAGAAGACGAUCACAUGCUUAUACAGAAUGAAUAUUGUAAUGGUGGAAGUUUAGCCGAUGCUAUAAGUGAAAACUACAGAAUCAUGAGUUACUUUACUGAAGUCGAUUUGAAGGACCUGCUUUUGCAAGUUGGCCGGGGCCUCAGAUACAUUCAUUCAAUGUCUUUGGUUCACAUGGAUAUAAAGCCUAGUAAUAUUUUCAUAUCUCGAACUUCAAUUCCAAAUGCUGCCUCUGAAGAAGGAGAUGAAGAUGAAUGGUCACCGAACGGAGUUAUGUUUAAAAUAGGUGAUCUUGGCCAUGUGACAAGGAUUUCUAGUCCACAGGUUGAAGAAGGGGAUAGUCGUUUUCUUGCAAAUGAAGUUUUACAGGAGAACUACACCCAUCUACCAAAGGCAGAUAUUUUCGCCCUUGCUCUCACGGUGGUAUGUGCUGCUGGUGCUGAACCUCUUCCAAGAAAUGGAGACCAAUGGCAUGAAAUCAGACAGGGUAGAUUGCCUCGGAUACCACAAGUGCUUUCACAAGAAUUUAUGGAGUUGCUGAAAGUUAUGAUUCACCCAGAUCCUGAGCGGCGGCCUUCAGCAAAGGCACUGGUAAAGCAUUCUGUGCUGCUGUCUACUUCUAGAAAGAGUGCGGAACAGUUGAGAAUAGAAUUGAAUGCGGAAAAGUUCAAAAAUUCACUCUUGCAGAAAGAACUGAAGAAAGCCCAGAUGGCAAAAGCUGCAGCUGAGGAAAGAGCGCUCUUCACUGACCGGAUGGCCACUCGGUCCACCACCCAGAGUAAUAGAGCAUCUCGGCUUAUUGGAAAGAAAAUGAACCGCUCUGUCAGCCUCACCAUAUACUGAGCUACUCACUUCCCUUACCAGCCCACCCAAAACUGUGACGAGAAAACGCUAGGUUGAAAUCACUGCUAGAAUCCACUUAAGAAUUACCUUCUCAAUUGGUGUCAGUAGUUGUCUUACUGAAAUACCUUUUAGGACUUGUAAAUUACAGUUGAAGGCUGAUUUUUGGACAUGGCUCUAUCAGGCUUUCGACUAGUGUUACUCACUGGUGUGUCUUUUGUAGGAUGGCAGUCACUGUUGGGUAUUAGUUCAUCCUUCCCAGGUUAACCACUGUGAUGAUAUGCUGCUUGCAUUGCUGUGGCAUUGUAAACAAAGGUGGCUUGCCCUGUAGUGACUGCCAAAAGGACUCCAGGGCUUUAGUUACAUACAGCUUCCCUUUGAAAGGGAGAAUGCUAAGAAACUCAGACUUCUGUGUACCUGUGUGUCAAUUUUCUGUUACUUUUUUAUUCUUAUUUUUUUUUAAUUGUGAAUUAUCCUUAUAUCCAACUGGGAGCACUUUGUAGGCAUUGCAUGAACCAUGGAAUAAUUCUGUGGAAGUAUUGCCUUGUGAAUUUGCUGCUAUUUUAGUUUUGUCAUUGCUGUAAAAUUGUAGCAUUAAACAAUCAUCGUUGUUAAUAGGCUUUCUUUUGAAACAAUUAUGUGAAAUAUGUAGUUGCUCUUGAUGAAAAGCAGCUGUUUGUGGGUUUUUUUCUCUUUGAACUUUGAAGCUAGUGCAUUGAAAAAAAUGCACCUUCCUCCCUCUCCCCACUCCCCCCACUCCUGGAAUUCUGUAUUAAUGUAGUGUAAUUAUUACUGUUGUGUAAUAUUUUUUUUCUAUAGUAAUUUCCUUCCCUUUUUAAAAAUGUCUCCUUUCUCCUCCCAAGUUUUGUACUUGAUUGUAUUAGUCUGUUUUUAAAUGUCUUGUCCUUCAAUAUUUGUGUACAUAAAGUGAUCUGCAUAAUACUGUAUAUAGCUGUUUGAAAUGCCAGAAUGACUUAUGACUAGUCCAAGUUUUUCACGAUAUAUUUUAUCUGUAGUUAGCCAUUUGACUAAUAAUAUUGGCUAACAGAUGUCAGGGGAAAGUUUUGUCUGUUUUCUCAAAUUUUGGUUUAAAACAUGUUUGCACUUGUCUGUCUGACUUGUGUUUUACAAGCAUUGAUUGGCAUAUUAAAAGUCACUCUGAGCUUA